UAAAAGAAAAACUGCAGCACCUUCUCUCAAUUCUCUCUCUCUCUCUCUCUCUCUCUCUCCGCCGUUUUCAUUUUUGUUCAAUUCUCUCUCUAACGGUUUUCAAUUCUCUCAUCGUGCCAUUGUUGCUAUGAAACUUUCUCACUCACUUUUUUCUCUCUGAAUUAACCGUCUCUUUCUCUCUCACUCUUUCAAACGAAGGAAGGAGAAUUAGGUUAUUGUUGUUGUUGUUGCUGAACAAGAAGAAGAAUGGAGUCGACUGAAUCGUCUUACGUGUCAUCUCCGGAAGGACCAAGGAAGCAGCGCGCUACUUCACCUCCUCCGAAAUCACCUUCUCAAGAUGAUUCUGUGGAAAAGCCAACAUAUGUUAGGUUUCUGGUAUCAAACUCUGCAGCUGGUUCUGUUAUUGGAAAGGGUGGUUCAACUAUCACUGAUUUUCAGUCACAAUCUGGAGCGCGAAUCCAGUUGUCACGCAAUAAUGAAUUCUUCCCUGGAACUACUGAUAGGAUUAUCAUGGUAUCUGGUGCAAUCAAUGAAAUACUAAGAGCUGUAGAGCUCAUUCUUUCGAAGUUGCUCACUGAGCUUCAUAGCGAGGAUGACAAUGACGUUGAGCCAAAAACAAAAGUGAGACUCAUUGUUCCUAAUGGUUCUUGUGGCGGAAUAAUUGGCAAGGGAGGUGCUACCAUCAGGUCGUUCAUUGAAGACUCUCAAGCUGGCAUUAAAAUAUCUCCUCAAGAUAAUAGUUACUAUGGACAGAAUGAUAGGAUAGUGUCAGUGACAGGAACUCUUGAUGAGCAGAUGCGCGCAGUUGAUUUAAUUGUUUCUAAAUUAGCUGAAGAUCCUCAUUAUUCACAGUCCAUGAAUUCUCCGUUUUCAUAUUCUGGUGUUUAUGUCCCGGGUUAUCAGGGUGUUCCGUAUACCUAUGUGCUUCCAUCUGUUGCACCACCAGCAUACAACUCAGUGAAUUACAGACCUAAUGGUGCUGCAGGAAAGUUCCAGAACAGCAAGGAAGAGCGAAGUAACUCAAUGACCAUUGGCAUUGCAGAUGAGCAUAUAGGGUUGGUUGUUGGCCGUGGUGGAAGGAAUAUAGCGGAUAUCACUCAGGUUAGUGGAGCAAAGAUAAAGAUAUCAGAUAGAGGCGAUUACAUAUCUGGAACAACUGAUAGGAAAGUUACCAUAACAGGAUCGCAGAGGGCAAUACGUACGGCUGAAUCUAUGAUAAUGCAGAAGGUUGCCUAUGCUACUGAGAGAGUGGUGGAGUAAUGUGCAAGUUCACCUGUUUAUUGUUAGAUUCUUGGUGAAUCUGCUUGCUUAUUGCUCAUACAUUUGCUGAAUUUUGGGAUUUGUUUACAUAAAUUAUCGUCACAUGAUAUACUUUUGGAGAUCUUUAUUGUAGUGGGAGAGGGCAGAGGGCAGAGGUUUUUUUUCUUUCUUUCUUGAACUUCGACUGUUCUUACAGGAUUCUUCUCAAACCCGUUCAAAAGUUAAGAUCUAUUGGGAAAGACUUUCGUGCUUUUCCAAAUGUAGUAUUUAGAACUAUAUUCUUUUGUUGUAAGUCAACAGUUGCUAAUAUCAUAUAGUCGCUAUCCUAGCAGCUGUUGACUUGUAUCUUCAAUGACUGGCCUGAGAUAGGAUGAGAAUGAUUUUAUUUGCAUGAUAGCAACUGAGAAUUAAGAAUUCACCUGUGAGUUGUCAGAA